AUGAUUGAGAAAAGUUAUAAAAAUGAAGAUUUAGGAAUUGAGUUAAAAUCAUUUAUCGAUAAAAAGCAAAAUGUCUGGUUUCUUGGGAAAGAUGUUGCUAAGAUUCUCGGAUAUAAAGACACUAAUCAAGCAAUUAGAAAACAUGUUGAGGAAGAGGAUAAAUAUAAAGGGGCCGUCGAAACGACGGGGGGUUUGCAACAAUCAUUUUACGUAAAUGAAUCAGGUUUUUACUCACUUUUGUUAUCUUCCAAAUUAGAAACAGCUAAGAAGUUUAAACAUUGGAUAACAUCACAAGUUCUACCUUCGAUAAGAAAAUAUGGUUUUUACAAAAUGUUUGAUAACCCUAAUAAUAAAAUGUUUAAAAUAGAAAAUGAGACAGAUCUACAUUACAAAGUUGUCCAACUAAUUAGAAAUUAUUAUCCAGAUUCAAUAUUAGUAGCUGGAUUGGGAGAAAAUCAAGAUACAGAGGAAAAAAGACUAGAUUCCUAUAAAAAAGGAUAUCAACGAGGACAACCAGAUCUAAUGAUUCUAGAUUAUCACCGGGAAUAUAAAGGUCUCUGUAUUGAAUUCAAAUCACCAACUAACAAUUACUGCGUAUCAGAAUCUCAACUAAAGAUGAAAGAGAGGUAUCGAAAUAAUGAUUAUGCAUUUAUUCUAAGUAAUGAUUAUGAUAAGAUCAGCAAAUUUAUACAUAAUUAUAUGAGCGGUGUACGUAUUCUUUGUAAAUAUUGCCCAAAAGCAUUUUGUAGUAAGAAAACUCUUAAUAAUCAUCACAAAGUAAUUCACAGAAUUGAAAAAAACAUUUAA